AGAUUAUACUGUGUAUUUUAAUUGCUGGUUGUGUAAAUUAUAAAUAUGCCUGAAAGAAAUGCUAGAAGAAGAAGAGGAAGAGAAAAUGAAAAUAAUUCGGAAAAUGAAGUUACUGAGAGACACUUGCAAGAACGACCGGCAAAUAGUUCGUUGAUCAUUUCAAUCUUAAUCACAUCCAUAAUAUUCAUAGCUGUAUGCGCCUAUGGACAUAAUAAUUCACCCAUCAAUGCUGUGGAGAUAGAAAAUGUUGUGGAGGUUGAAUUGGAAGGACCGUUUGCUGUGAAUGAGAAACUUUCUCAUGGAAAAAGAAUAGCCAUGCGUGCGCCAGAAUCUUGCGCUGAAGCUGAUGAUAAGAAGUUGUACGUUGGGUUACGUGAUGGUAGAGUUGUGUGCAUCCACCCUUCAAAUGAUGGUGAGAUUGGAGCAGGGAAAGUGGAAAAUAUUACCACUGGUGUGAUAGAAGGAGCUGUCAAUACAUCUGAUGCAUGGGGACAUGGGGUUCCUCUUGGUAUACGUCUCCGAGGCCAGUCCUUGUACGUAAUGGAUGCAAUAUAUGGUUUCUAUGUGAUCGACCUUCCAACAAAAUCUCUCAAGAUAUUGAUUGAGCCUGAUGUUGUUACCCCACCCAUGAAGUUUCCCAACGACUUCGAUAUUUCCGCUGACGAGAAAACUGUUUAUUUUACCGAUUCUUCCGAGAAAUAUCCGAUCACUGAGUUAAUGUCGGAAGUUUUGGAGGGUAGCUGCACAUCCAGGCUUAUAAAAUAUGACAUGUUGACUCAAAAACUUGAUGUUGUCAAAGAUGGGUUGUGCUUUGGUAAUGGAGUUCAGUUAAUUGAUGACGAAUCAAUGGUUAUUGUUCCAGAGACAACACGCUAUAGAGUCAAUUGGAUUGACACAAAAACUUGGGAAAUAAAACAUUUUCUACAUUUACCAGCGAUGCCAGAUAAUGUAAGAAGAAACCGCCGAGGAAAUUACUGGAUAGGAGGUACAAGCAAGAUGUCUAACUUCGUUAGUAUCAUAUUCAGGUUUCCAUCUCUGCGACAAAUUCUCAUCGGGCUGUUUCCUUCAAGUAUUCUGUUAAAGGCAGCUGACCACAAGCAUUGCAUGUUGUUUGAAGUUGACAAUGCAGGUGAAGUAAUUCAAACAUUACAUGAUCCAGAUGGUAGUUUAGCUCAUGCAUUGUCACAAGGCACUGAGCUGAGCGAUGGCAGAAUAGCCCUUGGAACAUACAGUGCUCAGUUCCUUGCUAUUGCAGAUAUAGAUUGGUAGUUUAGUUAACAAGUUUAAGAGUGUAUUUAUUUAAAACUAAAAGACAACCAUUAUCUGAGAGCAGUGGCGCAGCCAGGGGGGAGGGUUUCAGGAGUCGUGACCCCCCCCUUUUAAACCAAAAAAAAUUUUUUUUUAAAUUAAAAAAAAAAAAAUUUUUUUGAACAAUUUUUUUUGAUUAACCUCCCCCCACUUAUUUUUUUCUGACUGCACCGCUGUCUGACAGCCUAAUUAAUUUUAAAGUAUGUUUAAUUUUGUUAUUAUAUGUUCUAUGAUUUAGGUACUUUGGUAGAAUAUUUUUUCAUUACAUUCAAUUUUAUUGGAAUUACUGCCGAAAUACUCAAUUAAUAUAUGCAGUCUAUAUUGGAUGGGUAGACACUUUCAACCUAUCACAUUUUUCUUCUUUAAAAUGCUAUUUCAAUUACUGCAAGCACUGUUGACAUGUAAAACUGUUCACUGGUAUUGUGCGUUGCUGUGUGUAAGGUAAAUGUAUUUUGCAAUUGCAUGCCCUUAAUGCUUAAGUUACUGACCACCAUAUAUUAAUGUCAUAUCUUCAGUUUUGUCAAACUUCAUUAUUUUGAGUUUAUUUUAUUUUUCUAUUCUGAAAUUUUGUGGUACUAAGGUAAUAGUUUGGAUUUUAAGUAUUUUCGAAUUUU